UCUCCAUAGCCAUGCAUCUCUUUGGAUUGAAUUGGCAGCUGCAGGAGACUGAGGGCUAUGCUUUUGAGAAUGGCCAGGUCAAAUCUGACGGCACAGCAACCAACGCAGUUACUGCCCUAACUACUGAGAACAGAGUUUACUUUCAAGAGAAUAACACCAUAGACACAGGUGAGGUGGAUGUGGGCCGUAGAGCAGUACAGGACGUCCCUCCAGGAACUUUUUGGCGCUCUCAGCUCUUCAUUGACCAGCCGCAGUCCCUCAAGUUCAACAUCUCCGUCCAGCGAGGUGCCCUGGUGGGGGUCUAUGGCCGGAAAGGCCUGCCUCCCACUCACACUCAGUAUGACUUUGUGGAGCUGUUGGAUGGCAGUCGUUUGAUAGCUAAAGAGAAGCGUGGACUGGUGGAGGUGGAAGGAGCAGGCAGAAAGUCUCGGGCGGUUAACGUUCAUGAGGCAGAGUUCAUCCGCUACCUGGAUUCAGGCACCUGGCACCUCGCCUUCUACAAUGAUGGCAAAAACACUGAACAGGUCUCCUACAACACCAUCAUCAUAGAUACCCUCACUGAGUGUCCACACAAUUGCCAUGGUAACGGAGACUGUCGCUCGGGAACAUGCCAUUGUUUCCCAGGGUUCCUUGGGCCUGAUUGCUCACGAGCCGCUUGUCCAGUGCUGUGCAGUGGCAAUGGGCAGUACUCCAGGGGGCGCUGUCUUUGUUACAGCGGCUGGAAGGGGACAGAGUGUGAUGUUCCUAGCAACCAGUGCAUCGAUAUUCACUGCAGCGGACACGGAAUCUGCAUUAUGGGCACCUGCAACUGCAAACACAGGCUACAAAGGAGACAACUGUGA